GGGGAGCGGAGAGGCGCAGCUGGGUGGGGCGGCGGGGCUGGGAGGGGCCGCGGCGAGCGGGGCUGAGAGGGCUUGGGGAAGCGGGAGCCGGCGGGCCCGAGCUGCAGCGGGUGGGAGGGCGUGGGGGCAGCGGCUGGGGGUGAAGAAGCCCACGCGAGGACCGAGGGCCAUGUCUAGAAAGAAGAGGCACGUUGAGGGGGAUGGUGGCGGCGGCGGCCGCUGGAGCUGGGGGCCGCGUCUCGGAAGGAGGUGGAGCAGCGAUGGACCUCGGUGACACUUUUGAGUUGGACGAGCCACGAGUGGGGCUCGCACCUGUAGGCAGAGGCUCCGUGGCCGACCGCGGGGCGCGCACCUGGAGAUGGGAGCGCCCUGGGGCAGCGGGAGCCGCAGGGGUUGCCCGUGGAGGAGUUGGGGGCGGCAGCCGCGCCUGGGAGACCACAGCUGGGGCGGAGCCGCGGCAGGCCCCAGGAUGGAGCCGCUGCCGGAGCCCCCUCCCCGCGCAGCGGCGGCGGCGGGGCAGGAGGAGCAGGAGCUGCUGGAGCGGGCCUUCUUCUCCUGGGCCGAGUUCAGCCGCUUCUUCGACGCGUGGUGCCAGCAGCGGCUGGUGGUGUUCUCUGUCAAGAGCUCCACGCACGUGGCGCGCAGCCCCUGGGCCAGCGCGCCGCCGCUCUACCGGCUCAUCGACGUGCUCAAGUACAGCUACGUGCGGCUGGUGUGCAAGGACAUGCGCGCGCCCGGCCAGCCCGCCUUGGCCCCCCAGCCCAGCUGCCCGGCCUUCAUCACCGUGAAGCUGAGCCCGCUGCGGGACCGCCUGGUGGUGUCCGAGUGCCAGCUGACCCACUCACACCCGGCCUGCCCGCUUGACUUCGCCUACCACUUCCGCCCGGGGCACCUGCUGGCCAACGCCUGCCUGCCCGUACGCUUCACCAACAAGAUCUCCAAGCAGUUCGUGGCCCCGGCCGACGUGCGUCGCCUGCUCUCGCACUGCAAGGGCCCGGACCACGGCGUCCUGGACGCCCUGCACGUGCUCGAGGGGCUCUUCCGCACCGACCCCGAGGCCAAGGUGAAGCUGGUGUUCGUGGAGGACCAGGCCAUGGUGGAGACCGUGUUCUUCCUGACGUCGCGUACCCGGGCGCUGCUGCGGCGCUUCCCGCGCAUGCUGCUGGUGGACCGGCUGCCGGGCCUGCAGGGCGCGCUGGACCUGCUGGCCGUGCUGUGCGUGGACGGCGCGGGGCGCGCGCGCCAGGCCGCCUGCUGCGUGGCGCGCCCGGGCACGCCGAGCCUGCUGCGCUUCGUGCUGGUGUCGCUGCUGCAGAGCGCGCCCGACGUCAAGGGCCGCGUGCGUUGCCUCACGGCCGGGCCCGAGGUGGCGGCGCAGCUGCGGGCCGUGCGCCAGCUGCUGCCAGGCGCGCGCGUGCAGAUCUGCCGCGCGCAGGGCCUCGAGACGCUCUUCAGCAAGGCGCAGGAGCUGGGCGGCGCGGGCCGCGAGGACCCGGGGCUGUGGCCGCGCCUGUGCCGCCUGGCCGGCGCCGCCUCGCCCGCCGCCUACGCCGAGGCAUUGGCCGAGCUGCGCGCCCACGGCCCCGACGCCUUUGUCCAGUACUUCGAACGCAACUGGGCGCCGCGGCGCGACAUGUGGGUGCGCUUCCGCGCCUUCGAGGCGGCCCGCGACCUGGAUGCGUGCGCUCUGGUGCGCGGCCACCGCCGGCGGCUGCUGCGCCGCCUGAGCCCGUCGCGCGGAGUGGCGCAGUGUCUCCGAGACCUGGUGGCCAUGCAGUGGGCCGAUGCGGCUGGGGAGGCGGCGCCCGAGGGCCCCGACGGCGGGGGCGCAUGGCUCGGGGCCGAGCCGGGGAGGGGGCCCCAGGUGGAGAAGGAGAGGGGGAGGGUCCCGGAGACCGGUGACCGGACAGGGGCGACGACGACGGAAGGGAGCAUUUGGAGGGGGCCGCAAUUGCAGGAGUGGCCAAGGGGACUGGAGACCAGGGGCUGGGGCGGGGUCCAGCUGGAACGUGAGAAGGGGCGGGGCCUGCAGGUGAGGGAUUGGAGAGGUGGGCAGCUGGGGAGCCAGAAGGGGAGGGGGCUGGAGGGGAGCGUGUGGAGAGGGUCCCAGCUGGACAGAGAGCACUUGAGAGGGCCAGAGGUCAGAGACUGGAGGGGUGGCCAGUGGGAAGGCGGACUGAAAACCAGAGGCUGGAAGGGGCCCCAGGGGGGAGUGGAGAACCACAAGGGGCUGGAGGGCCUGGGCUGGAGGGGGGCGCAUUUGGAGAAGCCCCUGGCAUCGCUCCCUGAGAACGGGGACCAAAGGGCGCCCCCUUGGGGCGAUGACGGGGGACGAGCGCCGGAGACUGCAGAGGAGAGAGGGGCGAGGUGGGCGGUGAAGAGGAGGCAGGGCCUGGAGGACGUCGUUCUGGUCCGGCUUGGGGACGUGAGGGUCGCCGCAGCGGAGGACGGAGGCGGGGUGCCCCGGUGCGUGGGCGCCCAGAGCAGGGCAGGGCAAGGGCUGGAGUGGGGGGACGCCGGAGGGCGGUGUCUGGGGCCAGGGCUUGGAGCCACGUGCGGCACCGCGGAGCCGGGGACUCUGUUGGAAGUCGAUCCGGACGGGGCAGCCCCCAGAAGCGAGGGCCCGGCCUCUGCAGAGAGCCCGCAGGAAGGGGGUGAAGGAGAAGCCCCUCGGGAUCCCAAGAGGCUUUGCUGCCGCUCCAGAGCGGAAGAGGAAGAAGUGGACUGGGAGCCCCUGGCCAAAUUCCGAGCCGCCUGCGGGCCGGAGCUGGCAGACCUGGUGGCCGAGGAGCUGGCUUUUGCCAGGCAGCACGGGACCAGGGAUUUCCACUGGACAGGAGCUGGCUUUGCCCUAAAGGACGGCAACUCAGACUUCUUCCUGGACGGGGCCCUGACUCGCUGUAGCUGCUCCAUCCACGCGGCCCGCCACCUGCCUUGCAGACACGUCUUCGCCGCGCGCCUCCUCACCGGGGCAGCCUUGUUCCACGUGGACCUGCUCAGGGACUGCUAGUCAGAGCCCCGGAGCCCCUGCCCGCCACCAUCCACUGUGAAGGGGGCGAGGCAUUCUUCGAUCCCAAAGAUAAAAGAAAAACCGGGCUAAGGCCACGCCCCUCUGGCCACCCCCCUGGGAUCACCCAGGGACCUCACUGUGGUCCGAGGGGAAACCGACAGUGUUUAUUAGGUCUUGGAUAAGGCGCUGCUGGCCAGGGUGGGCUUGGGGGCUUCCCUCGGCAGAGGAAAUGUGGAGUGAGAGGUGCACAGAGGCAAGGAAGGCACAGAGCGGGGGGGUGGGGCAGGGGGGGACAGCAGGAUAUGGAGGGAGUCUGGCGGGAGUGGCCUGCUCAGUCCGGGAGGGCUGGGGGGCGGGGAGGGGGGAGAAAGCCAGGGAGAGCAGAUUGUGCAAGAAGAGGGGGUGGAGACAGGGAUGCAGGAGAGAGCAGGCAGGGGCUGGGGGAUGCGAGAAGAAAGGAGGGCGGGGGCUGGGGGGCUUCUCCCCAGACCCAGAGACUUGGCCCCUUUGGCAGGCGGGUUGGUGGUGCCCGGAGGAGUAGGAGCGGGCACUGCCGUGUGGUGGGCUGGGCUGGAGACUUGGGCUUGGAUUGCUGAACUUCCAGGUUGGAAUAAAACAGUGUUAUUUUGG